AUGGCUGGCCUCCUCUAUACCUAUGCAGUCACCUCGAUACGGGCCGCGAAACGGAACGCGAAGCUCCAUCGAGAAGCCGACGGCGGGCAACUUGACAUGCGACGAGAAAGCUUGCGCAGACACGGUAUGAUGGAUCCCGUGCAAGGCACAUCAGGCUACGAGCUUUUCAGAGAUGCGAGAGCCGAUGCCAAACAAGAGACGAAGUUUCUAAACGAGAACAAAGCACGGCCAUUGGGUACAGAGCAGAAGGAAGAGACUGGCACGCCGCGGACUGAGAACGAAAGUGUGCUCGAGAACUAUCGAGGCUCGGCCGCCCUGCACAAGCUGAAGGAUGGCCAAAAACGAGAAUAG